ACAAAACACCACUUUGAAGUGGCUGUCUGGGAGGAGGCCUUCUACACUAUUUGGCUGUGUGUUCUGGACUCAAGCAGCAUGGGGGACUUCCAGCAGUUUCAGCAGGACUUCUACCAGACGGGAUAUUACAUAGAUGACCAGGGUCACACUGUGGACUACAGCUAUGAUGCCUAUGAUUCAACAAGCUCUGCUUAUUACAAUGGGCGCCAGGCUUCAAUGCCAAGUGUUUUGGAUCCUUCCAUGGAGCAGCAAUACACUGGACAGUUCUACCAACCUACAACACCCUCUGGGACUGUGGGAGACACAGGAACAUAUUCUCCAGAAGAAGAGCCUCCUCUUCUUCAGGAACUUGGCAUCAAUUUUGAUCACAUCUGGCAGAAGACACUGACAGUGUUGAACCCUUUUAAGCCUGCAGAUGGCAGCAUUAUGAAUGAGACUGAUUUGACGGGUCCUAUCCUGUUCUGCAUCGCACUGGGGGUCACUUUAAUGAUGGCAGGUAAAGUCCAUUUUGGCUACGUGUAUGGGAUCAGUGCUACAGCCUGUGUUGGGAUGUACAUCCUGCUGAGCCUGAUGAGUUCUUUGUCAGUGUCAUAUGGCUGUGUGGCCAGUGUCCUGGGCUACUGCCUUCUGCCCAUGGUGGCUCUCUCUACAUUUGCUGUCUUCUACUCUUUGCAAGGUGUCCUGGGUACAGUCCUUGCCUUAUUGGUGAUUUGCUGGUGUAGUCUCUCGGCCUCCAAGAUCUUCAUCUCAACCCUGGCUAUGGAGGGCCAGCAGCUGCUGGUGGCCUACCCAUGUGCCCUGCUCUAUGGGCUCUUCGCACUGCUCACUGUAUUUUAAAUGUCAACAGAGGGAAAUCUUUAUUAUUCAAGAACAAUCUUUUUUUUUUUAUUGUAUUUUUUAUUUGUUACUUUUGCCAACAUAGAUGUUUUCCAUUCAUGUGUAUUUUUCUGUUAAGGUAAAAGAUGCAAUGGGAAAAUAUGGGGGAUGAAUGUUCUAGGCUGAUUACAUUUUGUUGAGUUUUAAAAGUCUAUGUUAACCGGGAAGGUUCACAGCUAAAAGAUUUUGCCAAAAUGUGUAACAUUCGCAGAAAUACGAAAUGGUGGGUUUAGAAUUAGAGCUUCAAUGCUUCCUGGGCUGGGGCUCAGGAGGUAGAGCGGGUCGAUUCCUAGGACAGUGAUUCAGUGUAGUGGUAAACUUGGGUUCUAAUGGAUCCUGAGAUGAAGUUUGAUCUUAGGUCUCAAACAAUUAUUCUGGUGGAACAAUCUGAUACAUGUGUCCAGCAACAGACUAUAAUAUAUAUAAUGUGUGUUCCUCACAAAAUCAUGUCUUUUCCUCUCAAGUGAAUUUCAUUUUAAGAUUUGGGUUUAAAACAUAACACAGUACUGGUGUUGGAGUUACACGUGCAAUGUUAGAGGUCAGAAAUAGACUAAACAUUAUUAGCUGUAUUUGGACAACAUAUCUCGUGUACAAAACUAAGCCUCUUACUCUCCUCUUAUUGUAGGUAUUAUUACAGAGAUCUUCACCCCCACACUAAAUCCCUAAAAUUAAUGCAAAGCGCUUGUUUCUAUAUCCUUUGCUUUUAUUCUUUCAUUUGAAUACACUUCAUUCACCCAUUCACUCAGACACUCACACACCGAUGGCAGUAAGCUACCACGCAGGAUGCUGGCACAACCAUCAGGAACAGUCUGUGAGUUCUACAUGGUGAUGGGACGAGCUUAAUUUAUAAUCAUGGCCUUUCAUUUCUUCUAGGAAAAGUGGUUACAACAUAGUUCAGGUGGAUUUGAGAUUGUAAAUUACCCAUGAGUCUAGGUAAGUGUGUGACAGUGAUUUGUAAUCUUUUUUGAUUUGAAGAGUCAUCUGUUUAGUCAUGGUUAUGGUGUGCAGUUCACCCAGGCUCUACAAAUAAAAUUAAAAACAAAUAU